CUACACAAAAAGAUAACUUCUUUUCAAAUUCGAUUUUAUUUUAACAAAACUAUUUUAAUUAAUAUUUAUUGACCUUUUAAGCAAAGUAUUUAUAUUGUUAUAUUAUAAAGAACUUUUAUCAAUCAUGCGUAGCUGUGUUUACUGCAAAAAAACAUCUGUCCCUGGAGAUAAACGAUCUUUCCACACAUUUCCCAUGAACGAAAGAUUGAAAUCAAUAUGGAUAAGAAACAUGGGAAAAACUAACUGGUCUCCAUCAAAACAUACUUUAUUAUGUUCUGAUCAUUUUACACCAAAUUGCAUUGAUUUUCGUGAUUGUAGACCUAGACUACGUAAAGGAAGUAUUCCUACGAUUUUCGAUCACGAACUGGAUAUUAGCAUAUCUUUAAUAGAUAAUAUUAUCAAAGAAAAUAAAACAACUUCGCUCACUACUCAAGCUAAUAGUUUACGCGUUAAUACAAGUCUUACAGCUGAGGGAAUAAAUAAAAAUUCAUCAUCAGUUGACCAACCUUUUUCUGAAUUAGAAAUUCAAUCUCCACCACGAUUAAGUAAUUUAAAAAAUUCAGUGUCUGAUGGAAAACUUACAUCAAAUACAAGUAUAAAAACUACAGAAGGAAUUCUAAAAAUAAGUCCAUCUGCAAUGGAGAUUAAACAUUGUAAAGAAACUGCAGAACAUGAUCAUUACUACACAAAUUCUCCAAGUGAAGUUCAAUUAAAGUUACGUGCUACUCAACAUAAGGUUAUGGUACUGACAAAAGAGAAAAAAGUUUUAGCUCAAAAAGUGAAACGUAUGCAAGAAACAAUUAAAUCCUUAAAAGAGGCAGUAAAAAAAUUGCGUGCUUAUAGAGGUGUUGAUGAUGAUGAUUUCUCUUCUUUUAGAUAAAACAAGAUAUUUAACAACAAUAAUACUAUUGAUAUUAAUAAAAUAAGUUGAUAUUAUUGUUACAUUUUAUUUAAGGAAAGUCAUUAGUUUGUUUUUAAAUAGUAUAAUUUUAAUUCGUUACUAAUUUAUCAUAUACACCGAUGUAAUAAUUAUGUCACGAAUUACAAUUAUAAAAUAUUUACAGUUUUUAAGUACUUAAUCUCCCGAAUUAUCAAUAAUUUCUGGAUAAUUUGGAUUAAUCCAUCACACAUGCGUGCUAUAAAGGUUUUUUAAAUGUAAAAGAAUAUACGUUGAGAGAGUUUUUAAAAUGUCAAAAUAUUUUUGUAACAGAAUAAUUAGAGAGUUAUUAAAUACGUGUUUUAUAAAUAUAAUGGCUUAUAAUUUAAGGCCCAAUCAAUAUAUCAUGCUUUAUUUAAA